AUGGAGGAGGAUCCCGAGGAGGAGGAACCUGAGGAGAACCCUAUGGAGGAUGAGGAUCCAGUGGAGAUGCCUAUGGAGUGGGAAUUUGAGGAGCAAAAGGUGUCAUUUGCCGCCUUUAUGUUCAGAGGGGAAGCUGAACAUUGGUGGAGGGCAACCUUAAGAUUAGAAAGGGCUGCCCAGAGACAGAUUGAUUGGGAUAGAUUUGUGGAGCUUAUGAAUAAGAAAUAUAUCCCGGAGAGUGUUAGGGAUCAGUGGGCUAUUGAAUUUCAAGGUUUGCAACAAAAUAACAUGACGGUCCAAGAGUAUGAGGCUAAGUUUACUCAACUAUCAAGGUUUGCUCCACAUUUGAUCGCUGAAGAAUCAGAUAAGGCUAAGAAGUUUCAAAGGGGACUCAGGGGAAAUAUCAGAGGGAAACUAGUGGCCCUCAGAAUCAGGAACUACGCAGAACUGGUGGAGACUGCAUUUGAAAUUGAGAAAGACUAG